UUCACAUUUUGACAAAGAGCCCACCAAUUAUUGGUGGUUAUGUACCUCUGAAAUUUUUUUAGUGAAAGAACUUCUGAUGAGUAUACAUUUUGAUAGUUUCAAUAAACAUUAAUAGAUUUGAGUAUUGAAGAUUUUUAAAGAUGGAAGUUACUAAUGUUUUGUCAUCAAGUAGCUUCACUAAGAGCAUGAGAACCAUUGUCAUCAUCUUCCUCCUUUAUGUGUGGCUGCUAUGUUUUUUCCAACCAUGUAUUGCAACGGAUGUUUUGAAAGUUGGCGACAAGAUAACUGGAGAUCAAAGGAUUGUUUCAGCUGGAAAAAAAUUUGUUCUAGGCUUUUUUUCUCCACAGAAAAGCACCAAUGGUCUAGAAUGUUACAUAGGGAUAUGGUAUAACCAAUCAGAAAACUUAAACCCGGAAACAGUGGUGUGGGUUGGCAACAGAGACAACCCUGUAGAUUCUAGUGGAAUUUUUCAAAUCGCAAAUGAUGGGAAUCUAGUAGUAAAAGAUUCAUCUGGACAAAUCUAUUGGUCCUCUAAACUUGAAGGCUCCUCAUCUAGAAACAAGACAAUGAAGCUCAUGGAUUCUGGGAACUUGGUGUUACUAGAUGACUUGGGAACGAGUUACCUCUGGCAAAGUUUCCGACACCCAACAGACACAUUUCUUCCGGGCAUGAAAAUGGAUGCAAAUUUGACGUUGACUUCUUGGAGAAGCGCCGAUGACCCUAGAAGUGGGAGCUUCACAUUUAAGCUGCCUAUAACUGGGGACACUCGAAACUUCAUGGUAUACAACCAGUCACAACUUUACUGGGCACAUGAUGGACUCGAUUCAGAAGACAUGUCCCCAGUAAUUAACUUUUUGGAUAACUUUACCUUAAACGUUUCGUCGUUCAAGUAUCUUAACCAAACGAUGUCCUUGAAACAGUAUGACUAUGGGGUUUCAAGGCUGUUAAUGAAUUAUACAGGGGAGUUUCAGUUUCUGAAGUUGGACAACUUAAAAUGGUCAAAUAUAUGCGGGAGACCAGCUGACAAGUGUGACAUACAUAACUAUUGCGGGAGCUUUAGUAGCUGCAACAAAAAUAAUUGGAUUACCUGCAAAUGUUUGCCCGGAUUCAGUCCAAUUUCGAAGGAUAAUCAGCACCUGGGAGAGCGAUUCCAAGGGUGUGUCAGAACAUCAACAUCAUGUACCAACAUGAAGUUCCUGACCUUAAAGAUGAUAAAAGUGGGCAACCCAGACAAAAGAUUCUCAACAGUAUCAGAAGCAGAAUGCAAAUCUUUAUGCCUUAAUAGGUGUCUCAACUCCCAGUGUCAGGCUUAUUCAUACAAUUUGUCUUCUUCAUACAAUCGUAGUCCCUUAACAUGCGGGAUUUGGACACGGGAUUUACCAACUCUUCAAGAAGAGCAGCAUGAUGAAGAGCGUGAUCUUUCUAUCCUGGUCAAGAGUUCAGAUAUUGCAUCAACUCCAAGAUCGUGUGAACCUUGCGGCACAUAUAUGAUUCCUUAUCCCCUAAGCACUGGGCCAAACUGUGGAGACCCCAUGUACAACAAGUUCAAUUGCGAUAACUCAACAGGCCAGGUUAGCUUCAUGAUGCCGGGAGAAAAAUCAUACCAAGUUACUUGGAUCGAUGAACAUGCUAGAAGGUUUUCCAUCCAAACGAAUGAUUCAUAUCACUGUGAUUCCAUUUCCGGCUAUCAAAACGACAAGGUUAAUGCUCCAUUUAAUGUGACUGAUUGGUGCUUUAAGGAUGAUCAAAUAGAGAUCAGUUGGCUACCAGCACCAGAACCUGCCUGUAGUGAGUAUAAAGACUGCAAGAAUUGGCUCCAUUCAACAUGCAACGCAACAAGUGAAGGGCAAAGAAGGUGCCUUUGUGAUUCUAACUAUCAGUGGAAUGCCUCAAAUUUAAGCUGUACCCAAGAAGAUCCAUCAAGAAGCCCUUCAACCAACCGACUGCCAUUGAUUCUUUCACUAAUUCUUGCAUGCAUGGUUAUUCUGGCAUGCACUAUAGUAUUUGCUUAUGUGCGGAGAAAGAAAAUAGCCCAAAAGCUUGAUGGUGUAAGCACUCGAAUUCAGGAGAGCUUGUACGAUAGUGAAAGACAUGUGAAGCAUUUGAUUGGCUUGGGAAGUUUAGAAGAAAAAGACAGUGAAGGCAUUGAAGUACCGUAUUAUACUUUUCGAAGUAUUCUAGCAGCUACAGAUAAUUUCUCGGAUUCAAACAAGCUUGGACAAGGAGGUUAUGGGCCUGUCUAUAAGGGAAGGUUUCCUAGAGGUCAUGACGCCGCUGUGAAGAGACUUUCAAGUGUUUCGGCUCAAGGCUUACAAGAAUUCAAAAAUGAGGUUGUUUUGAUUGCCAAACUUCAACAUAGGAACCUUGUUAGACUCAGGGGAUACAGCAUCAAAGGAGACGAAAAAAUCUUAGUCUAUGAAUACAUGCCAAACAAGAGCUUGGACUCAUUUAUAUUUGACCGGACACGAACUUUACUUCUGGAUUGGCACAUGCGAUUUGACAUAAUUCUAGGCAUUGCACGAGGGUUGCUCUAUCUUCACCAAGACUCCAGGUUGAGAGUGAUUCAUAGAGACCUAAAAUCAAGCAACAUUCUUUUAGAUGAGGAGAUGAAUCCAAAGAUUUCAGACUUUGGCCUUGCCAAAAUAUUUGGGGGAAAAGAGACCGAAGCAAGCACACAGAGAGUAGUGGGAACCUAUGGAUAUAUGGCUCCAGAGUAUGCCUUGGAUGGACUUUUUUCAAUCAAAUCUGAUGUUUUCAGCUUUGGUGUAGUCCUAUUAGAGAUUCUCAGUGGAAAAAGGAACACAGGAUUCUAUGAGUCUAAACAAAUUUCUAGCCUUUUGGGUUAUGCAUGGGGAUUAUGGACAGAGAAUAAAUUGCUAGAUUUAAUGGACCCAUCUGUGGGUGAAUCAUGCAAUGAAAAUCAAUUCGUUAAGUGUGCACAUAUUGGUCUCUUAUGCGUACAAGAUGACCCAGGUGAUCGACCCACCAUGGCAAACGUUAUGACAAUGCUUGACAGUGAAAUUGCAACCAUCCCAAUUCCUACACAACCAACAUUUUUUGUGAGGAAUCGUCUUUCAAGCACAGCUUCUUCUUCUAGCAAACCAGAAAUAAGUCUGCAAUUUGAUUCCAGUUAUGUAGAAGGUCGAUAGUGUAUGAGGCUCUAAUGUGGGAAACUGUUUCGCAUAAUCCCUGGGUUUAUUAUUAUCUUCUUAUUUUGUAAUGUUUUUAUUUUUGCAAUGCUAAUGGGAAGUGUCCUAGUCAGCAUUUUAAAUUGGAAGUUAAGUUCUUCCCAUUAACGGGAUGUAUUUUCAUAUAGAUACAGUUUACACUCUACCUAUGUUUUUUUUUAUUGUUGCUAUGAUCAGCAUAGUUUUUUGUAAUCUUGGGUAUCCUU